AUGAUCAGAGGGAAAGUCAAGGAUUUUCAUUUAAGUGGUCGCAAGCCUGUUAGGAUUAUUCGGAUUUUCGCUAUUUCUAAGUUAAUAAAUUUUUCGAAAAGUGCAUCUGUGAACAUCUGGACGUGUGGUGAUCAGUUUGGAUAUAAAGAUUGCCUAUAUUUGCAUUCUCAAAAGUGUAUACAGACUAUCCUUAAUAAGAGGUCAGUUUAGCAUUCUAUUGCCAUCUGUGCCUACAAUUUAUCUACCCAGGUCUUUGGAGACUUGCAAGAUGGAACAACGCUAGAAACAAAUUUAUGACAAUACUGUAUUUUGGAUAUUCCAGGUGUGUCACAAUUAUGUUGCGAAGGAUGAUCUUUUUGAAUUUAUUACGGUUUUUUACAAUCGCCGCAGAUGCUGACA